AUGGAGGAUUCGUCCGAUGAUGAAGACGUACUGGUGUCCGACGCAGCGCUGGGAGCGCUUCCAGCUGCGAAGUGGGAGAGCCGCAAAACUGCCAGCGUGCUGUUCCGUCUCGAUGCCGCAGUAGCACACCUACGCGGCAAGACGCCGCCCAAGCAGACGGCCGGCCGCUCCGGCUGCCGUCCGCGCCGUGGCGCGCAGGCAGCGGCGAGGCAGGCCCAUGUGAAGACGACGCCGGCCAGCGAGAACGGCACCCGUGGCCAGGUGGUCGUAAUUAUUCAGGAGCCAAAGGAGGAGGAGAUGACGUGGAAUAGCUUUCUGCGGCCCUUCGAUGUGCGUCUCUGGCUGUGCAUUAUCGCAAUCACUGCCCUCGUCUGGGCUGUCCUCAGAGUUCAGAGGAGGUACAGAGCACGUGUGGAGUAUCACGACGACCAAAGCCAGACAUACAGUCAUGUAUUACACGUCACAGGAGUAUUCUUCAUGCAAGGUUGCGGCGGGGGUCGAGACACGGAGUCGUGCGACAGCGUGCGGGCGUCUCUGCUGGUGGCGUCGAUGUCUGCGCUUUUGGUGUACACUGCGUACUGUGGCGCUCUCACCGCCUCAUUGGCUACGCACCGCCUUAAGAUGCCCUUCACAGACCUGAAGGGCCUGCUGCAGGACGGCUCCUACAAGUUGCUGAAUACUAGCGACGCAGUUCUCAAGUCUGUUUACGAGAAGCACGUCGAGAAAGAGAAGAUUCCAAUACGCAACAAGGAUAUAUUUGAGAGAAUAUGCAACUCACAUAAAAAUGCAGCAGUGAUAACUGACGUUGUGUACAGAGCGUACAAGAGGUCAACAAAAUGUCCUGUAAUAAGCGCUCAGGAGUACAUGAGUAUUCAGACGGCUGUAGCCUUCAGGAAAGGAAGCCCUUAUCGUGAACUUAUUAACUACCACCUGCUGCAGAUGCGGAGUGAAGGGCUGAUUCACCGCAUCUACUGGAAGCACUGGUUGCUGCGCGAUGGUCAGGAGAUGCGGGAGUCUCUCAAGCCGGUGACCAUCCAGAGCGUGAUUCCUGCACUCGCCACCUUGGUAGCCACGGCGCUGCUGUCACUGUGCUUGCUGCUGCUCGAGAGGAAAUCCUACAAGAGGCUGGUUCUAAGGGACGCAGCCACAAGCACAGACUAG